AUGCCGAUCACUCGUCAAAUCAGUCUAUUCGUCAAUCGCGAGGAGGUUGCCGCUACGUUUCAGGACAGCAAGGGACACACGAUGACUUCAGGAGAGCAGCAACGACAGCGGAUUCCAGAAGAAGUCAACAAGAGAAGAUGGAAGGUGGAGGAACAACCGAGGCCCGGAACGAUAUCUCCACGAAACCCAAAGACUCAGGGAACAAGAGGAGAGCUGAGAAGACGCCCGCGAUCCCCAUCCUCAUGA